UAAAUGGUGGUGGUGUAUAAAGAAAUUCACAGGCAUGGCACGUGCGCAUCAAACAUAGCGUUGGAGAAAAGAAACCCUAGACAAGUCGACUCUCGAUCACUCUGCCCUAGUUUCAUCGCAUUCCAGAUUUCCGCCAGGCAGAGUCAUAGAUUUCUUCAGGUCUACCUCUUAUUUCAUUGCUGGGAAUGUAUCUCGAUUCUUAUUAGUUGAGAUUUGUAAUUCUGAAGAGUAAUUGUGGAGAAGUUAGCUGCACCGGCCACCCUUCAUGAAAUAAUAAAAUUUGUUUCUUGUCUCUCUAAACUCUCUCCCAGUUCCUUAUACGAUUCCGCCCUCUCCAAACCUUUCUAGCAUCUCCUUCUUGAUCAUAUAUUACAGAAAUAACCCUAGAGUUUCUUACCAUUUUUGAUCAAUGGGUACCCCAGAGACCUCUCGGGAACCUUGCCCAGAUCGUAUCCUUGAUGAUGUUGGUGGUGCAUUUGGCAUGGGUGCUGUUGGAGGUUCAGCUUUCCACUUUAUCAAAGGCAUCUAUAAUUCACCAAAGGGUGAACGCUUAAUUGGAGGCACUCAAGCAGUACGCAUGAAUGCACCUCGUGUUGGUGGUAGUUUUGCUGUGUGGGGUGGUCUUUUCUCCACAUUUGACUGCACAAUGGUUUACGUCCGCCAGAAAGAGGAUCCGUGGAAUUCAAUCAUUGCAGGUGCUGCCACUGGUGGUUUCCUUUCGAUGCGUCAGGGUUUGGGUGCUGCUUCAAGAUCUGCAGCAUUUGGUGGGGUGUUGCUUGCUUUGAUUGAAGGAGCUGGGAUCAUGUUGAAUAAAGUAAUGAGUGCACAGCAGAAUUUUCCACCAAUGGAAGAGCAAAUGCCCAAUAUGCCCGGUGUCCCUGGAUAUCCGAUGGGACAAUUACCUGGUCAAGCUCCAGUGACCAUUGGGGGCUUGGGAGAUGGAUCUCCCUCAUUGUCAUCAACUUCUUCUCCCUCUGCUUCUUCGUCUUCUUCUUCAUGGUUUGGAGGGCUUUUUGGUGGUGGAAAGAAGCAGGAAACAGGUUCAGAUGGCGGAAGCAAGACACAGGUUUUGGAGAGCUUUGAUUCCCCGAGCCCACCUACAUUUGAGUACAAGUGAGAUUGGCAGCAAAUAUUGGCUGUGGGAGCAUAUGGGUGAUUGGAUCAUGCCAUGAGUUGCUCAUCCACAAGUUUUUGAUGGUAGGAUAUGGUUGAUUGGAUUAUAGCUAGUAGGUUGCAUCAAAGUGGACGGCUUCACUGCAAUGGUUUCGUUCUUAUUAAUUCCCUUCUUCCCUUCUCUCUUUCUUUUUCUGUUUCAAACCUGAAUAGAUUGUGGCCUUUUGUUACUGGGUGUACUUCAGCAUGCAAUAUGCAAGUCAAACCUCCUAUUUUCAUAAACUAUUUUGUGAACCAUUUAUGUGCCACCUAUUUACAUUUUUGUAUAAAGUGGCGUGAAGAAGUUUCUUGUAGUUUUUGUUAUGUGAAUGAGCUUUACUGGAGGAGUGGACACCUUUCUUAACAUCA